CGGCAGUAGGCUGAUUGACGGCGGUCGACCAUGCCCCAAAGAACGACUGCUAAAUGGCCACUAGCUUGAUCGUCCGCUUCACCAUGCACUACAAUGGAACUUGUGGCGCGUCGUUCAGCGUCUUCUUGAUGCUGGCCAUGAUCCCAAUGGUUACAGUAAAGGGAAUCGCGCUCCACUUCACUAUGGGGUACUUCAACGGGCUCUAGAGUCAAUGGAUCUUAUCCUCAAUCGGGGUGGGAAUAUUGACAUCGGCGACUGGAUUGGCGACACACCGGCCAUGUUUUGCGCUUACAAGACUAAAGAUCCAGUGACGAUGGAGUGGUUGAUGGACCGCGGCGCAAGUUUCUUCCCCGUCAGCAGAAGGUCCGGCAGUCUCUUGCAAUGCGCAGCUAUGGAGGGUGAUCCGGAAGUGUUAGAGGUGAUCUUGCGGAAGAAACCGCUCAACGUAUCUCCGGACAUUGGAGUUAAUCACAACUAUAACGAGAUCGCCGACCUUGCCACUCCACUUCAAUGUGCGGCGUAUGCGGGUAACUUGGCAUGCAUCGAGCUACUGCUGAAGUAUGGCGCCGAAGUCAACUUGGCUAAAGGCAAAGUUGGGACAGCUCUCCAUGCUGCAGGUGCUUCAGGAAAUCCGGGUGCAUUUCGACUCUUGUUGGAGAGGGGCGCAAAUCCAAACGUCGUCAAUGGCCAAUACGGGAGUGUUCUUUGGGCUGCUGCAUAUGGUGGCGACCGUGAAUGCAUUCGCAUUUGUUUACAACGGGGACUGCCCAUUGAUGGGUUGAAAACCAUCCAUUUCUUUCCCGAGAAGAAAUGGCAGGAUCUUUCUGAUGUUGAAAGAGGCAAGCUUAUGUCUGAGAUCAUCAGAGUUGCGGGCGAUCGCUAUUGCCGGGACAUCUUUGACGCUGCCCGUUCGGGCAUGACUUCGCGUGUCAAAGCAUAUCUCGAUGACGCCAAGGACCGCAAAGCUGAACUGGAAAAGAAGCAUGAAAUUCAUAUGCGGACGCCCCUGAGCUGGGCGGCGGCUGGGGGUCACAUCGAAACGGUGAAGUACCUGGCCAUGGAGGGCGCAAAUCUUAACGUAUGGGGAAGAGGUCUCGAGACGCCACUCGAGUUUGGCUGCCUUGCUGGUCGCUUGGAUAUGGUUAAGUGUUUGUUGGCUCUAGGGGCAAGAGCCGAUUUUCGGCAGGCGGGCAAGUAUCGAACGGCGGUUGUGUGUGCUGAGAUCAGUGGCAACAAGGAAUUGGUUGAAUUCCUGAAGGCAUUGGAGGAGGCUCGGACCGUGACGUUCGAGUUCGAGGGGCAGGCCUACGAGCAUGAUGGCAACAGGGGUUACAAGCGAAAGUAGUGACUACAUCAUGUCCAUUGGAGACUCUUCCUGCCGGGGGAAGCAUGCAGAGCUCUUGGAA